AUGGCUGCAGAUUUCUGGGCGAGCUACAUUUCUGGCGCGAUAGGCAUUUUGAUUGGAAAUCAGCUUGAUGUUGUGAAGGUCAGAGCCCAGGCAGGCUCUGGGGCUGGCGUUUCGGCAGCCAGCAUUGCUCUAGAGCCCAUCACGAACAUUGAGAAGUUCACAGCCUUGUUCAGAGGCGCAGCUGCUCCAAUCCUCGGAUAUGGUGCUUUGAACUCCAUCCUCUUCAUGUCUUUCAACAGGUCGUUGAAGCUUAUGGAUCCUAGCAUUUUCGACUACACAAAAUUGGCCGGCGUGGAUCUCGGCAAGAUAUGGGUGGCGGGGGCAAUUGGAGGGGUGGCUACGUUUGUUGUAUCUGCUCCAUCCGAACUUAUCAAAUGCAGAACUCAGCUUGUUGUCGAUGGUCAUCGUUCUUCAUACGCGGUGUUCAAGGACAUCUGGAAACAAGGUGGCAUUCGAGGACUCUACUACGGCGGCGCGAUUACAUGUAUUCGCGAUGCUUUUGGAUAUGGAUGGUAUUUCUGGUCUUAUGAACUGAGCAAGAGGCUGCUUCUGUCAAGGCAGCCAGAUCCUUUUGCUUCGCCGUCCGCUGCAGAGGUUCUGAUCAGCGGAGGGAUUGCAGGCAUUGUCACUUGGGUAUCCGUCUACCCAUUGGACGUGGUCAAAACCCGCCUACAGACCCAACCAUCGCUGCGCCUUGAAAGCCAGAGGCUCCUUCCAGGCGCCACUCCGCCGUCGCGUUAUGACCAGACGUCGCUGGGCGUGGCGCGGGAGAUAUGGCAUACCUCCGGCCUCCAUGGCUUUUACCGCGGUCUAGGCGUCUGUAGUCUUCGUGCCUUCAUAGUGAACGCUGUCCAAGUAGGUCGAAAACCCUUUGCUCACAAAACGCAAUGGCUGACAGGUAUCAGUGGUACGUCUAUGAAAGGAUCAUGGUGUUCUUCGCCAGUCCUCAAUGACGAGCUCGAGGCCGCAGACCGCGAAGACACUCAGGAGCCUCCAAUUCAAAUAAGGUUGGAUCAGAGCGCCGCUUUGUAG